AUGUCGCGGCGUGGUCUUAGUGAUCCACCAGGUCAGUUACGUUCAGUGUUUCAGGCUGUUGACUUGGGUCGCAUGGCAGCGGUGGUCUAUCCACGGACGCUUGUCGUAUUCGAUGUCGAACAGAAGAAAAAUGCAUCACAAGUUCUUCAAAUCAGCCGCGUAUCUAAAAAUGCCCUGGUCUCUUUUCGGUUUCAGACAAAUGCACCGACGAGGUAUAUCGUCAACCCUAACUGUGGAGUGAUUUCAGACAACAAGCCUAUCCCGGUGAGAAUUGAACUCGUUGGUAAUCGCUUUAAUCCGCAACAUAAGAUUGUGUUGCACGCUACUGAAAUAAAGGACAUUAACGAAUGGAAAACGGUUUGGGAUGAUCCCAAAAUGGACGAACCUGGCGCACACCAAGUGGUAUGGAUUGAAUUGAGUACUACCGUAAUGAAUCUUGAGCAAGCCCACAAUUUGACUGAGCUAGCAUGUAUGAAGGCUAAUAGUUCAGUCGUACAAUUACUCAGCGCCAGCAAUUCAAAGGGUGCUGCAAGAGUGAAGGAGUUGGAAGAUUUGAAAUCGAUGCUAGCAGCGGAUAACGAAACGAUACUAAAGAAUGUUGAGCAGACCAUAAAUUUAAAACAUGUGAUUGAAAAACAGUUGGCGGACAGAAAAUCAGAAGCUAGUGAUCUACAGAAGAAAGCAGAGAAGCUGUCCAUUGAAGAGAGCCAUUUAUAUGCAGAUUUGCUGCGUGAGGAAAAUGAGCUUCGAAUAGUGAAGGAACGCCGUGGAGGUCCCGACAACUGCGUCACCAUGUAG